GGCCAAUGGGGGCUCUCUGCACUAUGAUUAUGGGAUGAGGCCGAGGCCGGGGCCGCGGCCCUCAUCAAGCGCGCCGGGCAGGCGGCGGCAGGCGGCGGCGGCAGGGCGCGAGCCCCAAGAUGGCGACCGCCAUGUACCUGGAGCACUACCUGGACAGUAUCGAAAACCUGCCUUGUGAGCUGCAAAGGAACUUCCAGCUGAUGCGGGAGUUGGAUCAGAGAACAGAAGAUAAGAAAGCAGAAAUUGACAGUCUUGCAGCAGAAUACAUUGAAUCGGUGAAGAACAUGGUGCCUCAGGACAGAGUGGAACACCUGAAGAAAAUCCAGAAUGCCUACAGCAAAUGUAAAGAGUACAGUGAUGACAAAGUCCAGCUGGCCAUGCAGACAUAUGAGAUGGUGGAUAAGCACAUCCGCCGGCUGGAUGCAGACUUGGCGCGGUUCGAAGCAGAUUUGAAGGACAAACUGGAAGGCAGUGACUUUGAAAGCCCAGGAUCCAGAAGUGUGAAAAAGGGACGAAGUCAGAAAGACAAAAAAGGCUCUCGCGGUCGAGGCAGACGAACAUCUGAAGAAGAUACACCAAAGAAAAAGAAGCUUAAAGGAGGCUCCGAGUUUGCCGACACCAUCCUCUCGGUGCACCCCUCGGAUGUCCUGGACAUGCCAGUGGAUCCCAACGAACCUACCUACUGCCUGUGUCACCAAGUGUCCUAUGGAGAAAUGAUUGGCUGUGACAACCCAGAUUGCCCAAUUGAAUGGUUCCACUUUGCUUGUGUGGACCUCACCACCAAACCAAAAGGGAAAUGGUUUUGUCCUCGUUGUGUUCAAGAAAGAAAGAAGAAGAAGUAAGGAGUUGAGGAGAAUAUCCUCUGAGGCAAGAAGAAUUUAAUAUAUUCAUUUCAUGCUACA